AUGCGCCGCUUGCAUGACAGCGGCAUGGGCGUCAAGAGGAUCGCCGCGGCCUUGAGCCGCUCCACGGACACCGUCUCGAAGCAUUUGUUCAAAAAGAACACGACCAAGAAGUCCAAGGGCCGCCCGAAGCAUUCCAUCCGCACCCCCAAAGGGUUUCUCGCUGCCCAGCGCGCUUACAAGAAGCUUCUGAAGUCCUCGGGCGGCACAAAGGAAGUGACGGCAGCCAUGCUGAAGUCCGAGAUGAAGUUGAAAUGCGACAUCAAGACAGUGCGCCGCGCGUUUGCUGAGAAUGGCUACCAGUUCCGCCCGCUGUACGAGAAGCCUGACCUUUGUGAUGGGGACAAGAAGGAGCGCCUGCAGUGGGCCCGCGAGCACAAGCACCGGAGCCCCAGCCAGUGGUCACAGUACGUCCACGCGUGCAUGGACAACAAGGUGUUCCAGGUGCUGCCCAAUGCGAAGUACAGGAAGGUGGCGGCAAAGCGCAAGGUUCGCGGGGUGUACAGGAAGCGCAAGCGGGACUUCUCCGUGGGCCACGUCAAGCCGAGCAACCCUAAGGUUCUGAAGCAGAGUUCGGGCAAGGGCUCCGUGACCAUCGCGUGCGCCAUCGGCGCGGGCAAGGUGUUGAUGUGGCACCAGGUGGUCGGCAGGUGGAACGCCGCAGCCGCGGGGCGAAUGUACUCGGGGGCGCUCCAGCCCGCUUUGAAGAGGGCCUACCCUUCCGUGCGCGGCAAGUUCCGCGUCAUGGAAGACAACGACCCCACGGGCUACAAAUCUCGCUCGGGCAUGGCGGCGAAGAAGUCCGCUGGCAUCCAGACGUUGGACUUGCCGAAGCGGUCCCCUGAUCUGAUGCCGCUUGAUUUCGCCUUCUGGGCCAAUCUGAACAAGCGCAUGAGGGGGCAGGAGAAGGACUGGCCCGCGAGCAAGACGGAGACGCGGGCGCAGUACCUGGCCCGGCUGCGCCGCACGGCGUUGGCGACGCCUUCUGAGUACAUCCACAGCAUCAUGGGCAGCCUGCACAAGCGCUGCGGCUUGUUGGUCGAGGCGAAGGGCGGCCACUUCGCCGAGGGCGGUGGGCCAGAGAAGCGCCGCAGGCUCGUGGGGAAGCAGAGCCAGCAGACGGCGCUCCUCGAGCACGUCGUCGGCGAGGAGAACAGGAACGCCUCGCGGGAGGUCUACUUGGUGACUCUGCCGCACACGGACAAGGAGGGUCUCAGAGCGCCAGCGGCUUUCUCGCGGGAGGAGGUCCGCGACGCUUUCCUGGAUUGCUGCGGCGCUCCGGACGCCGACCCCGCGUGGCUCGCAAGCCACCGCGGGCAGGGGGCCGCGCCCGUCGGGGUCAAGAAGCUGGUGGUAUUCAAAGAAUAUCACGCGCCAGUGGCAGGCGUCCGGCGGGCGCACUACCACGUGGCCUUGCACCUGGGCAAGAAGAGCAAGUUCCUGACCGUGAAGCGGGCCUUGCUCAACAGGUACCAACUCGCCUCUCACUGGUCCUGCAGCCACGACGGGCACUGGUCGGCCGUCGGGUACUGCGCGAACGCGACGCCCAAGAAGCCGCGGAGCGCCCUGGACGUUGACUACUUGGCUUGGCCCGCGGACCACCCGCCGCUGUCCGCGGCGAAGAGGGAGCCGACGACCGCCCGCGCUUUGGAGAAGCGCAGGACCGCGCGGGAGCAGGUCGAGGGCGAGAAGGGGAAGCCAGAGCCUCGCGUCGAGGAAGUGGACCUGUGGCCGAUAGUGGUCAGGUCUGGGAUCCGGAAUACUCCGGACGACCCCCACGCAGUGCGCAAGUUGAUGGCAUACGCUAAGACGUCCUGCUCGCACAAGGUGGUUGCCUGGAUGUUCAAGAACGAGCACGUGCUGGAGAAGAUCAUCGACAAGGCCUGGGCGUGGGAGAACGUGGACAGCUUCCUCGAAGACGCGACGAAACCCGUCAUGCAACAGUUCAAGGAGGCCUUGCGGACGCCUUGCGUUUGCGGCGGCCGCUGGUUGCACCACGUCCGCGAAAGCCUGUCGAUGAAUCGCAUCGACGUCCCCGACCUGUGCAGCAGCAUCUUGAUGUCCCUGAAGCACGGUCGGUCCGAGGCGGCCCCGGUGGUCACCUUGGCUGGGCGCUUCGGCGGAGAGGGGAAGUCUCUUCUCUUCUCGGCGGUUCGGCCGCUGUUCGGCGGUGAGCACGUGCAGGAGAGGCCAGGCGGGGGGCAGUUUUGCCUCCACGGCUUGGACAAGGCCAAGGCCGCGGUGCUGGACGAGUGGAUGUUCAUCGAUGAGGACCUCCCCCUGUCCAUCCAGCUCCUGUGGCUGGAGGGCAAGCCCGUGCCCAUCACCAUGCCCCAGAACCAGCACGUCGGGCACAAGGUGUACAUGGGGUCCGCCCCGAUUUUUGUCACCUGCCCCGAGACGGCGCUGGCGGGCCUCUCGUCCGAGUCGUCGCAGCGCCCGCAGGGGCAGGCUGGCAUGCUGCUCCGGCGGCUGAAACUGUAUUUAUUCACUGUGCCGAUUCCCAAGCCGCCGGCCCCGAAGCUAGUGCCGUGCCCGCGCUGUUUCUCGACCCUCGUCACAAGCGAGGCUUUCAGGAAAGCAGCUGGCGAGGCAGCCAACAAGGCAGCCAACGAAGCAGCCUACGAGGCACCCAGCGAGGCGGCCAACGAGGCCUCCGACGAGGCAGCCCGCGGGGCAGCCAAAAAAACAGCCGUCGAGGCAACUGGCGAAGCAGCCAGCGAGGCGGCCAACGAGGUAGCCCACGAGGCACGAGGCAGCCAACGAGGUAGCCCACGAGGCAGCCAGCCAGGCAGCGAGGCGGUCGACAGGGCAGCCAGCAAGGCAACCAACGAGGCUACCGACACAGCACCCGGCAAGGCAACCAACGAGGCAGCCAACGAGACAACCAACGAGGCAGCCAACGAGACAGCCAACAAAGCAGCCAACGAGGCAGCCAGAGGCAGCCACGGCAGCCAACAGGCAGCCGAGCAGGCAGGCCACCAGCGCGCUUACAAGAAGCUUCUGAAGUCCUCGGGCGGCACAAAGGAAGUGACGGCAGCCAUGCUGAAGUCCGAGAUGAAGUUGAAAUGCGACAUCAAGACAGUGCGCCGCGCGUUUGCUGAGAAUGGCUUCCAGUUCCGCCCGCUGUACGAGAAGCCUGACCUUUGUGAUGGGGACAAGAAGGAGCGCCUGCAGUGGGCCCGCGAGCACAAGCACCGGAGCCCCAGCCAGUGGUCACAGUACGUCCACGCGUGCAUGGACAACAAGGUGUUCCAGGUGCUGCCCAAUGCGAAGUACAGGAAGGUGGCGGCAAAUCGCAAGGUUCGCGGGGUGUACAGGAAGCGCAAGCGGGACUUCUCCGUGGGCCACGUCAAGCCGAGCAACCCUAAGGUUCUCGGGCUGGCGCAAAUCGGAGACCGCGCCGCGGCCACUCAGCGCCAGGUUCUGAAGCAGAGUUCGGGCAAGGGAUCCGUGACCAUCGCGUGCGCCAUCGGCGCGGGCAAGGUGUUGAUGUGGCACCAGGUGGUCGGCAGGUGGAACGCCGCAGCCGCGGGGCGAAUGUACUCGGGGGCGCUCCAGCCCGCUUUGAAGAGGGCCUACCCUUCCGUGCGCGGCAAGUUCCGCGUCAUGGAAGACACCGACCCCACGGGCUACAAAUCUCGCUCGGGCAUGGUGGCGAAGAAGUCCGCUGGCAUCCAGACGUUGGACUUGCCGAAGCGCAAGACGGAGACGCGGGCGCAGUACCUGGCCCGGCUGCGCCGCACGGCGUUGGCGACGCCUUCUGAGUACAUCCGCAGCAUCGUGGGCAGCCUGCAUCAGCGCUGCGGCUUGCUGGUCGAGGCGAAGGGCGGCCGCUUCGCCAGGGGCGGCGGGUGCAGGGGGUGCGCCGCGGGGGCCAGGUGCGCCAAGCGCGCCGCGUGCGACAGGUGCGCGGAGCGCGACAGGUGGGCCACGUGCGCCAGGCUCGUGGGGAAGCAGAGCCAGCAGACGGCGCUCCUCGAGCAGGUCGUCGGCGAGGAGAACAGGAACGCCUCGCGGGAGGUCCACUUGGCGACUCUGCCGCACACGGACAAGGAAGGCCUCAAAGCGCCAGCGGCUUGCUCGCGGGAAGGGGUUCGCGACGCUUUCCUGGACUGCUGCGGCGCCCCGGGCGCCGACCCCGCGCGGCUCUCAAUCCACCGCGGGCAGCCCGCUUUGAAGAGGGCCUGCCCUUCCGUGCGCGGCAAGUUCCGCGUCAUGGAAGACAACGACCCCACGGGCUACAAAUCUCGCUCGGGCAUGGCGGCGAAGAAGUCCGCUGGCAUCCAGACGUUGGACUUGCCGAAGCGGCCCCCUGAUCUGAUGCCGCUUGAUUUCGCCUUCUGGGCCAAUCUGAACAAGCGCAUGAGGGGGCAGGAGAAUGACUGGCCCGCGAGCAAGACGGAGACGCGGGCGCAGUACCUGGCCCGGCUGCGCCGCACGGCGUUGGCGACGCCUUCUGAGUACAUCCACAGCAUCAUGGCAGCCUGCACAAGGCGGCGGGCGACCGCGGCGCAGACCGCAGCGGGCCGGGGCGGCGGGCGGGCGCUCUCGGUGGACAGGCCAGAGAAGCGCCGCAGGCUCGUGGGGAAGCAGAGCCAGCAGACGGCGCUCCUCGAGCACGUCGUCGGCGAGGAGAACAGGAACGCCUCGCGGGAGGUCUACUUGGUGACUCUGCCGCACACGGACAAGGAGGGUCUCAGAGCGCCAGCGGCUUUCUCGCGGGAGGAGGUCCGCGACGCUUUCCUGGAUUGCUGCGGCGCUCCGGACGCCGACCCCGCGUGGCUCGCAAGCCACCGCGGGCAGGGGGCCGCGCCCGUCGGGGUCAAGAAGCUGGUGGUAUUCAAAGAAUACCACGCGCCAGUGGCAGGCGUCCGGCGGGCGCACUACCACGUGGCCUUGCACCUGGGCAAGAAGAGCAAGUUCCUGACCGUGAAGCGGGCCUUGCUCAACAGGUACCAACUCGCCUCUCACUGGUCCUGCAGCCACGACGGGCACUGGUCGGCCGUCGGGUACUGCGCGAACGCGACGCCCAAGAAGCCGCGGAGCGCCCUGGACAGGGAGCCGACGACCGCCCGCGCUUUGGAGAAGCGCAGGACCGCGCGGGAGCAGGUCGAGGGCGAGAAGGGGAAGCCAGAGCCUCGCGUCGAGGAAGUGGACCUGUGGCCGAUAGUGGUCAGGUCUGGGAUCCGGAAUACUCCGGACGACCCCCACGCAGUGCGCAAGUUGAUGGCGUACGCUAAGACGUCCUGCUCGCACAAGGUGGUUGCCUGGAUGUUCAAGAACGAGCACGUGCUGGAGAAGAUCAUCGACAAGGCCUGGGCGUGGGAGAACGUGGACAGCUUCCUCGAAGACGCGACGAAACCCGUCAUGCAACAGUUCAAGGAGGCCUUGCGGACGCCUUGCGUUUGCGGCGGCCGCUGGUUGCACCACGUCCGCGAAAGCCUGUCGAUGAAUCGCAUCGACGUCCCCGACCUGUGCAGCAGCAUCUUGAUGUCCCUGAAGCACGGUCGGUCCGAGGCGGCCCCGGUGGUCACCUUGGCUGGGCGCUUCGGCGGAGAGGGGAAGUCUCUUCUCUUCUCGGCGGUUCGGCCGCUGUUCGGCGGUGAGCACGUGCAGGAGAGGCCAGGCGGGGGGCAGUUUUGCCUCCACGGCUUGGACAAGGCCAAGGCCGCGGUGCUGGACGAGUGGAUGUUCAUCGAUGAGGACCUCCCCCUGUCCAUCCAGCUCCUGUGGCUGGAGGGCAAGCCCGUGCCCAUCACCAUGCCCCAGAACCAGCACGUCGGGCACAAGGUGUACAUGGGGUCCGCCCCGAUUUUUGUCACCUGCCCCGAGACGGCGCUGGCGGGCCUCUCGUCCGAGUCGUCGCAGCGCCCGCAGGGGCAGGCUGGCAUGCUGCUCCGGCGGCUGAAACUGUACUUAUUCACUGUGCCGAUUCCCAAGCCGCCGGCCCCGAAGCUAGUGCCGUGCCCGCGCUGUUUCUCGACCCUCGUCACAAGCGAGGCUCUUAAGUUCAAGCCCAAGUAG